AUGGCGUACGAGCAUAGCAUGCCGACAGUAGCAACCAGGAAAAGAGUUCAAAGAGCAUGCGAGAGCAACGAGCGUAGCCAGUCGUCGCCUGUUUCCAGGAGAGCGGAAAAAGUCCAAGAGACCCGCUUGUCGUUGGGACAUUUCGCGCUGCAAAGCCGUGGUGAUUUGCUCCACCUCAAACUUCACGAGGGCAUCGUCUCCAUCGCCGUUAGCAUGCAAGUCGGCCAGAAUCUUCCGAGCUUCGUCCGCCCGAUCGUUCUUGAUGAGCCACUGGUUUCUGAUGUCAGAAUGGACCAAGGAUUUGCAGCAGCGAAGGGAAGCGCCAUCCCCAAUUGCCAGGAACGUACAGGCCAGCGACUGGAUAAGAGAAUUAGGCCUCACUUCAUUGACAAAGGCCUUCAUUCCUACUCACAAGUCAUCAAAGCUGAGAAGAAGCUGCCGAAAUACGCAAAGGUUUGGUAA